UUCCCCAUUCUCUAUUUUAUCAGAUUACUUAAUAACCUUAUUCACAGUGAACAUUUCUUUCCAUUUUCUAUGCCUGAUAAAAGACCAGUCAUCAAUCGUCUCUCAUAUGUCGAUGAUAUCGUCAUCUUCACUAGUGAAAAUAGCAAAUCCAUGAAAAUGAUCACGAAGCUGAUACACAGGUAUAGAGAUCGAAGGCCACAAGAAUGUCUAUGCUGUAUCGAAUAUCAAAGCAAACCGGUAAGAAGCUUCUUAAAUGAUUGGUGGAAUAAUAUCAGAAGAAAUGCAAUUCAGAGAAUAGCGAUUCAGGUGGUGCAAAUUGUAUAUGUUUGCAAAUAUGGAGGACUAGAUGUUCAUGCAGAUAUGGCACCCAAAAAAAGUUCUAUAUUAGGGAGAAGAAACGGAUUCAAGUUCGAUCCCGACAAAUUUUUUUGAAUUUCGGUGAAGCAGGAUCGAAUUUUCAGUGGUGGAAGUUCUUCGUGUUAAGCUUGUUGUCCCGUUCGCUUCCUGGAAGAAGGUAAACACCUUCUAUCGUAAUAGUUUCUUUAUUAGCGUCAUAGCGAUGACGCUGCUGGGUUGUUUGUUGUAGAAGAUUCAUAGGUUUUGCUCUGAAGUUUAUAGUUGAUAUGUUGAGUUGGUAUCUUGUUUUGACGUCCUGUUUCAUAUCCUAGCCUCUUGUUGAAACACACUGUUUUGUCUUGUUUCUUUGUUUAUUUAGUUUCCUGAUUUUCAAUUUGAACAUUAUAUUAAUCUGUUGUUUCUAAGAUGAACGUUUUCCGGCUAUAACUUCACUUAGAAUCUUGCUCAACUGUGUCGGUUUCACUAGUCUUGUCGAUAGAAAAUAAUGAAUGAGUGAAAAAGAAUUUCCCUUAGCUUAUGUUGCUAUGCCUGGAUUAGCAUUAUUGGAGGUUAAUUUUCUUCUCCUCAUGGCUUCAUUAUUAUCUUUGUUAUUAUGGAUGAGUAUGCUGCUACGUAAUCACCCUUAAUCCAUUUUCAAACAAUAAGUUAAGUAAAAAGAUGUUCAUUUGGAUUAAAUAAUACAUUGAUUUUAUUCCUUAGCGAGUGGGUUAGCUUGCAUAUCUUAUUACACUUAUAAUUUUUUCUUCCAAAUGCGUGCAUAGGUUUUAUUUUUGUUUCAAUAGUGAGAGCUAAAAGAAUGUUCUUUGAUGGGUGUUUGGAUUACGGGUGAUCUAGUCUUCCUUUGACUUAAUGUCAUUAUGAAAAGUGAUAUAAAAAUCAGAUUUUUAUUUCUUAUUCAUGUCUUUACGUGUUUCAAAUUGAUUAGGAAAUCAUGUUCUUUACCCUUAUUCUCGUUUGCAUCUAUUUUCAUGCCUUGAGAGAAUUCAAUGUUUGUUCUAUUGGAAGGUGGGAUUUUUUGGAAAUACCUUAUACUCCGUAUUUGUUAUCUAUUCCUGAAUCACUUUCUCCUUUCUGAAACUACGUGUAUUUUUCUUUUCAAACUCGAGGCAAGUUACCUCUUACUAUUUUCACCUUGUUUCCCGCUAUCAACAUUUAUCUUGUUAUUAGUUAUCAAAAUUUAGAAUUUCUAUUAAUUCUCAUCUUUUGUUUUUGUGGCAUGUGAUAUUCAUUCGAGUCCAAUUGGACUCCAUACUCCUACAUCUUUUCGGGAUCAAGUCCCAAAAAAUCCUCAAAGGAACUAAUGCAUGAAGAAAUUGAGCUGGUAUAAAGCUGUAUACACAGAUAUACAGCAGUAUACAUGGGAUAUAAAGUCAAAAACGGGAGGUGAAGUUGGCGUGCAGGUGGAAGACCAAAACAUAUGCAUAUGGGGCUGAUAUACAAUCUGAUGUACAUCAGAUAUACAAAUACGCCGGGGGAAAUAGCCACAGUAUACAGAUGAUAUACACUGAGAUAAUGGACUGAAAUUCAUGGGAUUUAGGCCCAAAAAUCUGGCCAGCCCAUAAAUGGGCCUAAAAGGCCCCAUUCCAACUCUUCCUUUAUUUCAUAUUCUUAUUUAUUUGUAUUUACUUGAACACCCUAACUAAUUAAUCUAGAUAAACCCCCUCAAGCAUUACCAUUUUAUUUUAUCACGA